AUGGAUAACAUAGAAGAGCAUCCUAGGUUACCCAUAGACCUGAAUGAAAGUGGUGAACCAGAAGGAGAUACACCUAGAGAAGGGAUGUGCUUUGUAUCAGGAGCCUACUUUAGUAGAUUUUUCCAUGAAUAUGCUUACAGGGAAGGGUUCGAGCUUUUUAUAAAAAGCACUGACUUGCUGAAAGAGUUUAAGGACGCUGGAGUUUGUAGAAGUGGAGUAGGGGAAAAAGAGGCGAAGGCAGAUAUGAUGAAACAAACGUUUAAGAGAGCGAUCAUCAAUGAUAACGCGGGAAUUAGCAUAAAUAGGAACUUUAGUGCACAGGUUCUUGAGCGUGGUGGAUUCGAUAAUAUGAACUUCAACAAUCGAGACUUGAGGAAUGCAAUUAAUGUAGAUCGACGUAUGUCAAGGUGUUUGGGAGAUGCAAAGGCACUACAAGAUUACUUGAAAAAGCAACAUGGACUGAAUAAUGACUUUUAUAGUUGUCUUCAAGUUGAUGACGGUGGGACGUUGUUGAAUGCAUUUUGGUCUGAUGCCCGGAGCAGAGAUUCCUAUAAAUAUUUUGGAGAUGUAAUAAAAUUCGACACAACCUUCUCCGUGAACAGGUUCCGUAUGUCCUUUGCACCCUUUAUCGGUAUCAACCAUCACGGAUCAUCUAUAAUAUUUGGGGCUGCCUUAAUUAUGCACGAAGACACAGAAACUUUUGUAUGGAUGUUUGAGCAAUUUCUGAAAUUUUGUUUAUGGCAUCUCCUCCAGAAUGCGGUAAAGAACCUGGGAAGCAAUGCUAAUUGGAAAGAUAUUGAUCGUUUAAUACGUACAACUGUCCAUGAUAUGAUGGAUCAGGAAGAAUUUGAUGAAGCUUGGUGUAUAAUAAUGGACAACUAUGGCCUAAGGGAAGCAGGUUAG